UUAGGAAAGAGGAAAAGUCGGAGAUACCGGGUAUGCCCCGGUGUCGUCAGAGGUGGGAGCGUUCGUCGCUUGUGUCAAGCCGGAGAAGUUCGUGGAUGGAUCAGUCGGUGUUCGACGCACACCCGUGACAUCCAUCGAGCCGCGGCGAUCUCUCGAUCGUCACUAACUAAGAGGAGCCAGUCGAGCGACGAGAAGACAGAUUAACGAGGCGGGAUUGUCACCCACGUGGUUUCAACAUGCAGUGGAAAGGGAUACUGCUACAGCUGCUGUUGCUGCUGCACGGAUCCCUGGUCGUCCUUGUUGCUGGAAAAUCCAUUAGAAGGGUGAUCGACACAAAAAGAUUGGGGGACCGGUAUCAAGACGGCACAAGGGUUCCAUUUAAGCUCGAGGAGACUUACGAUCAUAGUUUCCGGGCGAACACUUUCAAUGGUACCUGGCGAUCGGGCAAGGAUAUCCUUUACUCCGAUCCGGCAGCCGGUGACGUCCGCGUGCUCGAUGUGACGACCGGGACCAGCGUCGUUCUAUUAGAUUCCACCGUUGCCUCUGAUUACGACAAACCGUCGGUGACAUUUUCUGUCAACAACUCGUUCGUUCUGAUUGGGUAUGAUUACAUCAGCGGUUUCAGGUAUUCGAUAUACCAAAGAUGCGUUGUGUAUAACACCAGGACCAGAACGUACAGAAAGAUCGCAAAUGGCGAUCGUAUACCUCUGGCCAAGUGGUCGCCCACCAAGAACGCUUUGAUUUAUAUCCACGAAAAUGACAUCUAUUACGAGGUGUUCACCGACGCAGGCAGCGAAGUUCGAAGAAUUACUAACACUGGUGUACUCGAUCAAAUUUACAAUGGUAUACCUGACUGGGUUUACGAAGAGGAGAUAUUAGCAUCGCCUUUGGCUCUCUGGUUUUCUCCCGACGGACGACACCUCGCCUAUGCAACUUUUAACGAUACUAACGUGAAGGAUAUGGUGAUACCGGUGUAUGGACAGCCUGGAAGCUUGGAGGAUCAGUAUCCAAAAGAAAUGAAGAUCAAGUAUCCGAAGGGUGGGNGUCCAAACCCAACUGUCUCGCUCAGCGUUAUCGAUUUGACCGACCAAUCCUCAAAAUCGGUAAAUCUCGAAGCUCCCAUCGAUAUCGUCGGCGUGGAGAAAGUCUUAUACACCGUGAACUGGAGAACAGAUGACCAAGUCGUAGUUACCUGGACGAACCGCGUGCAGAACCGAUCGCAGAUAGUACUUUAUGACACAAAAGGCAAUGCGAAGAACAUUCUUCACCAACAGGAGCCUGAAGGCUGGCUUCGUAUCCAAACACCUGUCUAUCACAAUCAAUACGUGAUCGUCGCGAAGCCGCAAGAUUCGAGAACGAGAGCCGGACUGUUUCAACAUGUGACCAGGUUCGAUUACAAAGAUGGACAAUUGGUCAAUGAGACGGAUCUGAUGCCGGGCACCAGCGAGGUGAUCUCCAUUUUGGCCGUGGACCAUGCUAGGGAGAGGCUAUACUACUUAGCCAUCGAUCUCGAGUCUACAUCGCGUAGACAUGUGUACUCGGUGAAGCUGCAAGGCAACGAGCCACCCGUGUGUCUGUCGUGCAACGUAACCAGUCCCGAGGGAAACCCGUGCACGUAUGCCUAUGCGUACUUCUCGACGGAUGCUUCCAACUACGCGUUAUCUUGUUCCGGCCCAGACCCAGUCCACAUUACGAUUUGGAACGCUGAUCACAAACGAUUGUACAUUUGGGAGGAAAAUCGGGAGUUAAGACGAAAAUUGGCCGCUCGCAAGCAACCUAUUUUGAAGAAUUUAUACGUGACAGCGAAUGGGUAUGAAAGUAGAGUCAAGCUAUCCCUGCCUCCCGACUUCGACGAGAAAAAGUCAUACCCUCUAUUGAUCAACGUUUACGCCGGACCGAAUACUGUUAGAAUUACGGACGAGGCGACUUAUGGUUUUGACUCGUACAUAGUGACCAACAGAAGCGUCAUUUACGGUCGCAUUGAUGGACGUGGGUCCGCUUACAAAGGCAGUAAAAUGUUGUUCGAGAUUUAUCGAAAACUGGGCACCGUGGAAAUCGAGGACCAAAUCGCUGUCACCAAAACACUACAAGAGACGUACUCGUGGAUCGAUGCGAACAGAACCGCGAUAUGGGGUUGGAGUUACGGUGGUUUCGCCACAGCCAUGGUUUUGGCCACUGACACCGAAUCAGUAUUCAAAUGCGGUAUAUCAGUCGCACCUGUAACCUCCUGGAUUUACUAUGAUUCCCUGUACACGGAGCGGUACAUGGGUUUACCUACUCCCGAGGACAACUUGUCCGGCUACAAUCACACGGACGUAACUAGAAGAGUCGAAGGGAUCCGUGGCAAAAAGUAUAUGCUGAUACACGGGACCGGCGACGACAACGUUCACUACCAACAAGCCAUGGCGCUGAACAAGGCUCUGGUGGAGAAGGACAUCAUGUUCGAGGAGCAGAGUUACACGGACGAGGCGCACGCUCUCUCCGGAGUGUCCCCGCACCUUUACCACACGAUGGACCGAUUUUGGGCCAAUUGCCUGGGUUACUCGCACGACUACCGACCCUAAUUUCCGAUUUCUGGAUCGUCGAACGCCGAAGGAAAGACGCGAGUCGACAGUUUGCCCGUUCGGCUGUAACCGCCGGUCCAACACUGCAGCCGUGUCGCUUCGUCGCUGGGAACAGAAUUUGUGAACACGUAUUUACUAUAGUUACAAGCUUCGUCGAACCAUUGUGUCCCGAAGUCUAAUUAGCCUGUGUUGCAACUUUAACGAACAUCGACGGAGAUCGCGUUGAGAAAUUGCGUUACACGAUUCGAAAGACAGUGACAGAAGAAGUCUCAGAAUUAUAUUCGUUAAACUCGAACAACUGUUUUCCAUAGAGGAAUGUCGAGGGGGCAGAAACGGUUAAAUCGAUUGAAUAUUCGAAAACGUGUUCAUGCGUGUUCCUCGUCGGCACAGAUGCGUUGCAAAUGCUUCAAAGCAACGACGCCGCGGGUGCAUCGAUUCUUAAGGGUGCUCGAUGCAUCUCUGUGGCAGUCAAGUAAGUGAAAAAUGGAUCGCGUUCACGUUGAACGAUUGUACCUCUACGCAUUGUUUUUUCUUUUUCUCAUAAAGAUUCAAACCCGACUGAGCACCGAAAUAAAGAUUUCUAAAGCCUGUUAUCCUUUCAGGAUACGGAAAUAAAAAAAUUAUUGAAACAGUUA